GACAGAGAGGGAGAGAGGAGGGAAGACAGAAGGGAGAGAAGAGAGAGAGAGAGAGAGAGAGAGGAGGAGGAAAAAGUCCCCAAAUCCAGGACCCCUUCACCUAUAUGGGUUGCGUCCUGAGUUCGGACUGGUGUGGGGAGGAAGAGGUGCAACCUGUGCCGGUGGUCAGAAAAUCGUCUGUGAAGAGAAGGAGCGUGGAGAGGAGUGACAGUGGCAGGAUGAGGCUGACGAAGGCGGGGAAGGGAGAGCCCCAUGUCUUCAAAGAAAAGACCUUCAAGAAGAAGCGGCAGUGCAGCGUGUGUCGCCAGAACGUCGACAACGUAGGCUCCUUCUGCAGAGUAUGCAAGACAGCCACCCACAGGAAGUGCGAGGCCAAGGUGACCUCGGCGUGCAUCCCAGCUCCCUCCAAUGAUCUGCAGCGCAGAGGGACCGCUCCUUCUCGACACAUCCAACACCUGGGGUCCACCAAGUCUCUGACCUACACCAAACAGAGGAACACCCUGCCGAGAAGCUUCAGCGUGGACCGUGUGAUGGAGCGAGUGAUGGAGCGCCACUACGACUUCGACCUCACCUACAUCACAGAGAGGAUCAUCUCUGUCUUCUUCCCCCCAAAGCUAGAAGAACAGCGGUACCGGCUUAACCUGAAGGAAGUGGCGGCCAUGCUCAAGUCAAAACAUCAAGACAAAUUUCUGCUCCUGAAUCUGUCAGAAAGGCGCCACGACAUCACCCGACUAAAUCCAAAGGUUCAUGACUUUGGCUGGCCCGACCUCCACGCCCCACCGCUGGAUAAGAUCUGUGCCAUAUGUAAAGCCAUGGAGACGUGGCUGACCUCUGACCCCCAGCACGUGGUGGUCCUGCACUGCAAGGGCAACAAAGGUAAAACAGGCGUGAUCAUUGCAGCCUACAUGCACUACAGCAAGAUCUCUGCAGGGGCGGACCAGGCUCUCAGUACUCUCGCCAUGAGGAAGUUCUGUGAAGAUAAGGUGUCCUCUUCCCUCCAGCCGUCCCAAAACAGGUAUAUCUAUUACUUUGGAGGCCUUCUGUCUGGGGCGAUCAAGAUGAACAGCAGCCCGCUUUUCCUCCACCAAGUUCUCAUCCCGUCACUCCCCAACUUCCAGGGUGAAGGAGGUUACUACCCCUUCCUGAAGAUCUACCAGUCCAUGCAGUUGGUCUACACUUCAGGCAUAUAUGACCUUCAAGGCACUGGAGGAAGGCGACUGUGUGUGAACAUCGAACCAGCUCUGCUGCUGAAGGGUGACAUCAUGGUCAAAUGCUACCACAGGCGAGCCCAGACCGCUGACAGAGACACGGUGUUCAGGCUGCAGUUCCACACCUGCACCAUCCACGGAUCCCAGCUCUGGUUUGGCAAAGGGGAACUGGACGAAGCUUGUAUUGAUGAGCGUUUUCCAUCUGAUGCUACAGUAGAGUUUGUCUUUUCCUCCGGACCUGAGAAGAUCAAAGGCCGCGAGUACCAGAAGAACGACCCAGCCGUCACGGUAGACUACAACACUGCUGACCCAGUGGUUCGCUGGGAUUCCUAUGAGAACUUCAACCAGCGAUACCAGGACAGCCUUGAGGAUAUUGCCCACACCAAAGGCCCUCUAGAUGGCAGUCUCUACGCUCAAAUAAAGAAGCGCAAGGGUCCCAGCUCAGGUUCUCUUACCUCAACCAAUGGCAGCAGCCAAGGUGGAGGCCUUGCAGAAGAUCGGCCUGAUCAUCUCAACUCUCAACGUUCUGACUCCGCCCUCUCAGCCCAUUCUAGCCUUUUGAACCAAUCAUCACAGCAUCCUGACCGCCAGGAGGAGCCCAUUCGUCCGCCACCUCCGACCAGACAGGAACGAGAGGAUCUUGAGCGCCUUCUCGGAGGCAUAGAGGGAAACCGGGACGGAGAGCGGGAGACCGCCAUCUUGGAUGAUGGUGAUUCUUUGCCCUCAGAGCGAACUGGGACGCUGAGGCUGAGUCGGUCAUGUUCCUGCCGGGAUGGUUACCGGUCCCAGCGCUGCGCCGAGCCCGGCUGUGACCGCACCCUCCUCAUGCCUAAUGGUUACUGCCUCGAUCGGGCACCCGGCACCAACGGGCACCACGGGGCGACCCCUUCUGCCAGCCCCAACUCAGCUGCUCCACCGUCACACAUGGAUCUGUGCCAGCACUACAGCCCCCACCCUCACCCCCACCAAUCCCUUCCACCUCCAGAUCUGGUGUGGGAUCGCCAGAGUGGCCCGCCACACCACCUGCACCGCUCCUGCUCAGAGGCUUCGUCAUCUCGCCAUCUCUGCCCUUACCCAACACCAGACCUCACCCCUCACCCUCACAACCACCCCCACCACCACCCCCUGUCUGCAUCGGGUCGCCUCUGCUGUCGAGAGGACGACUACGGUCCCUACCACCACCCUCCUCCACCUCACAGCCACCACCAUCCCCACCCGCACCACCCCAAACCGUCCACCAGCCCGACAUACCAUGACAUAAUGUUAAUGGAUGGUCUGCCACCUGCUGGCUGUCUUUGCAGGGACUGCAGCAUCAGGAGGGAGGACACAGCAGCCUAUCACACCCUGAGGCUGGACCGAGGCGACAGCUUCCAUUGGGACAGAGAGGCGGAGCUUCAGCAGAGAGAAGUGGGGCUUAGGAGAGCCAGGGAGCCAGAGUUACCAAGAGGAGGGUCAGACCUUCACUGGGAGAGGGAUGCUGGACUGAGGCGAGGCAGAGAGUUGUCCCUCCACUGGGAGCGAGACAGGGAGGCUGAGCUGCAGUGGGAGAGGGACAGAGAGGCUGAGUAUUGGCACAGGAGGGCCACCGUAGCCUCCUACGGCCCACAGGGUCACGAUCUCCCAGCGUUCACCUUCGACCCCUUGCCAUCAGGUCACCCAGCUUAUCCAGAGGCAUCGAGGUCCCACGCUCAUUCCCACCUGGACCUAAAGUACAGCAGCAGCAGCAGCGGUUACCAAACUCCCCGCCAGGUGUACCCCUGCUCGCCUUACCAGCCCUCGCCGUCUGAAAGCAGGGGCUAUGCCUCAGGCUACCAGUCUGAGUCCACAUCCCCACUGCCUCCCGCUUCCUCCAUGACAGGGCCCUGCAGUCAUAGCAACGGACAAGCCGAGCACAACCACAACCAUCACCAUCACCACCCUGACUCUCAGCAGUCAUACAGCUCUGACUCACACACUGAUGGCCUUCGUAGCUCUGGUGAAAGUAUGGGGUGGAGGGAUCACAUUACCCAUGGUUCCUUCAAGAGGAUCCACAGAGAGGGCCAAGGCCCAUGCUCCACACCUUCUGACAUGUCUGGACCAUCCACUCCUGUCCACACCAGCAGUCCUCUGCGCACACAGGAAAGUCCUAGUCCAGGAGGAAGAGAGUAUGAGAUCCGGACCACGGACAUCAUCAGCAAUGACUACGAUGCGCCCCAGCCCCAUGAUGGACAUUACCGUGGUGAUGUUAUCGUCCAGGAAAGCCAAAGAAGCACCACAGACCCGUCAUCCCUGCCACAACCCGCCAAAGAUACACAAGCACACACAACCACACCUAUUCAAACAGAACCCCACAACCACUGCCCUGCACCAACAGACCCGUCCCCCUCCACGCCCCAACAGCAGCACUGCUCAGAUAAACCCUCACCUUUGUCAACGCAGAACAAUUCUUCUUUUGACUCUGUGACACCAGCCAUAUCAAAGCAGGGACACUGCCAGGCCCCUUCGUCCCCCGUCCAUGCUUCAGCUGCACCAGAUUUGCACCCCAAACCGUGCCCUCUCACUCUGCAGACCCCCCAUCCUUCAGAGGCCGCUGCUCUGCCUUCCACCGUGACGCAGGCGGCAUCACAGCCUCAGAGCCAGGUUGCCGACUCUGUAGGACCGACCCCGGUGCAGGUCAAUGGACCGUCUGCAACCAGGCAGUCUCUCCCAGAAUCCCCAAAACCCACACCCAACUCCACAGCCGCCCCUGCAUCCCCCGCCCCGGCUUCACCGUCCCCCCCUCAGCCUGCAUCCAGCAGCAUGGAGGGCUCCCCCAUCUCUGAUAGCCCUGUUCCUGGGUUUGCCACCUUGGGCAGGAGGUUGAUGUUGGGUGGUUCUGACCAACACCAUCCGAACCACAUCCAGCAGCACGGACCCCCGCAUCACCACUACCCAGGCAUGGAGGGACACACCGCUCCUCUGGACACUAACAAGAGGCAGUGCUACUCCUCUCACAACCCACAGCUCCACCCAUCCUCCUUCUCCAACUACUCCACUAUCUCAAUACCCCUUCCUCAUCCACAGCCGCCUUUGCCAGAGAAGCGUCACCCGCCUGCCCAGCCAGGUUCACCCAACAAUGGGGUGGGGACUCUGAGGCCAGCAGGAGGCCAUGCUCCUUCUACCUCCACUGCCAGCACCACCCAGCAUCAGCACCAUGUCACAUUCUCCCCUACAGUGGGUGAAAUUGCACCCCCUGCAGGCCAAAAUGAUGUAGUGUCAUCAGUGGAGGCUGAAAAUGGAAAUAGGGUCAGUGUGAAGUUUGUCCAGGACAGUUCAAAGUUCUGGUACAAGCCGGGAAUCUCCAGAGAGCAAGCAAUCGCAGCUUUGAAGGAGAGAGAUCCAGGAACCUUCCUGAUCAGGGACAGUAACUCUUUCCAGGGGGCUUAUGGCCUGGCACUGAAGGUGGCUACACCUCCUCCCAAUGUCAACAACCACAGCAGUAAAGUGAGCGACCCUCUGGAACAGCUGGUCAGACACUUCCUAAUAGAAACAGGCCCUCGUGGAGUCAAAAUCAAAGGAUGUCAAAAUGAGCCUUACUUUGGGAGUCUGUCUGCAUUAGUCUACCAACACUCCAUCACACCCAUCUCUUUGCCCUGCGCUCUGAAGAUCCCAGAAAAAGAUCUGAUAGGAGAUGUGCAGGAGGUUCAACCGGUGAGCAACAUCAGCACGGCUGCUGACCUGCUAAAACAAGGAGCAGCCUGUAACGUCCUCUACCUGAACUCUGUGGAAACCGAGUCUCUGACCGGCCCCCAGGCCAUCGCCAAGGCAACAGAUGCUACCUUGGGUCGUAACCCGCGCCCCUCCGCCACCGUGGUUCAGUUCAAGGUGACAUCGCAGGGCAUCACACUGACCGACAGCCAGCGCAGAGUUUUCUUCAGGAGACAUUACCCAGUGAACAGCGUAACCUUCAGCAGCGUCGACCCUAAGGACAGGAGGUGGACUAACUCAGACCGCACCACUGUUAAGGUGUUUGGGUUCGUAGCCAAGAAGCCGGGCAGCAUGGCAGAGAACGUUUGCCACCUGUUUGCCGAGCUGGACCCCGAACAGCCCGCCUCAGCCAUCGUCAACUUUAUCAACAAGGUCAUGUUGUCACGCCGAUAGACUAGGACAAAGACAGGAAACCAAACUCAGAGCACACGAGCAGUUGCAAGCAGCAUAUAGUGUAAACGCAUUUACUGUACAUGAACGCACCUGUUUGUUGUGCUGUUCUGAGUUUUGGGCGGCAGCACAAAUUUUAUGAUUUCAGUCGGUUGAAAAUAUUCCAGAUCGUUUCAGUUUUCAAAUAUAUUUAAAUAUUGUUGGAUGAAAAAUAGACUAAAUGAAACACUGUGUACAGACAAAGCCAUGCCAUAAAAUGUUACAACUCCUCCAAGGAUGAGGAAGCUUCAGGAGAAAACUCAACAAUCCAUCUUCUACAUAUAGCAGGGGCCUGUAUCAUGAAGUGGGUUCACUGUAAACCGAGGUAGACUGCCAUGGUAACCUGUGCUGUGAAUGCUACCGUGCUGCAGAGCAGAUUCAGUUCAAAUGAUCACAUUGAAGCCUGUCGACAGUACGCCCACUGGAAAAACUGACAUGGACAAAAAUGACUGAGCUUACAGUUAAGUGACAAGUGUGACAGAGUAGGAGAAACUUUUUAUAGAUCAAUAGAAACACUCUGCGUGCCACAGUAUUGUGUUUAUUCUGAGUUUGACACAACACACUAAAGACUAACUGCUUUGUUUCAGUCAGAUCAAUGAUAUCAGAGAUUUAUUUCAUUUUCUUCCAGCCUUUUUUUGCACUGGUAUCUGUACUUUUACUCUGAAAGUAGCUAAAUCAGCCUUACAUUACAUUAAUUUUAUUAAGUGUGUCAUUUUGUUCAUAAUGAGACAAAAGAGGACCAACAUGUAUCAAAUAAAUCAUCCAGUUAUGGAUAAUGUAAACUAUUGUCAUACUUAUUAUAGCCUUAGCCUCAAAUCUAGUAGUUGGUUGCUUUUCCUUUUCUUUCUAUAAAAACAGAUAAAGAACAUGAACAAAACAAGAAUACGUUUUCAAAAAGGAGCGGGAAGAAGUACACACUUAUAAAUUCCUACCCCUUGCUUAUUACUCUACUCCUCCAUUAACUCAUGUAUAAUAAACAAAUAUCCCAAAUGUAUUUAAAACCAAAGUACUCACCCGGUGUCAAAUAAUAAAUAAUACUUUGACACAAGCCAAUCAUGUUUCUGAUUGGCUUGUAAUCAGGAACUCUUUUAUGUGGACGUGCUCAUAGGUGGAUCAAAAAAAUCCAGAGUAAACUGAGCUAACCAGUAAUCCAGGCUUAUUGAAGCUAGAUAAUUUAAAGAAAGUCAGACUUAGUUGAACUUGUUUCGUGAUACAGACUCCUGGUUAAAUGAUGGUUGAACGCAGCUUUUUAUCCUCUUGGUCAGGCCGGUGUCCGGUUGAACAACGAUAGAAAUACUG